CAGACUGUUUAUCUGACGGACACUUCAGCUGCUUGCCUUUAUUCAGUAUAUAUUGGGGCUCAACUGUACAUUCCUCUACAGAAGCGAUCAGGAACGCUGGACUUUAUUUCAGCUGAUAUUUCAUACACAAACAGGCCUGAUGGAGGAGACACACCAUGUUAAAAUGAGAGGAAAAGCUCACUCACCGAAGAGAAAAGACAAAAAAUGGGUCACCUGCACUCAGUGUGGGAAGAGUCUGGCAAACAAAAAGAAUCUCAAGAUCCACAUGAUGAUCCACACUGGAGAGAAACCAUUCACAUGUUCUCAGUGUGGGAAGAGUUUCAGGGACCCAUCAUCCCUUAAUAGACACAUGUUGAUCCACUCUGGAGAGAAAACACACACAUGUGGUCAAUGCGGAAUAUCAUUUCUGUUGGCUUCAAGCCUGAAUAAACACUUUAGAGUUCAUCUAAAGGGGAAGCCUUCAUGCUCUUUGUGUGGAAAGAGUUUUGCAAAUGAAGUAAAUUUAAGAAAUCAUCAGAAGAUCCACACCGGUGUGAGAGAGUAUGUGUGCUCUGAGUGUGAGAAGACUUUUUUUACUGCUGCAAACUUACAACAACACCAGAUGAUUCACACUGGAGAGAAACCGUACAAGUGUUCACACUGCGACAAGAGAUUCAGUCAGACCUCACAUCUGAAAGCACAUGAGAGGACUCACACUGGAGUGAAACCGUACAAGUGUUCACACUGUGACAAAAGAUUUAAUCAGUUAGGAGCCCAGAAAACACAUGAGAGGAUUCACACUGGAGAGAAACCUUACAAGUGUUCACACUGCAGUAAAAGAUUCAGUCAUUUAUUAAGCCUGAAAGCACAUGAGAGCAUUCACACUGGAGAGAAACCGUACAUGUGUUCACACUGUGACAAAAGAUUCAGUCAGUUACCACAUCUGAAAUCACAUGAGAGGAUUCACACGGGAGAGAAACCUUACAAGUGUUCACACUGCGACAAGAGAUUCAAUCGGUUAGGAAGCCAGAAAAGACAUGAGAGGACUCACACCGGAGAGAAACCUAAUAAGUGUUCACACUGCGGCAAGAGAUUCAGUCAGUUAUCACAUUUGAAAGUACAUGAGAGGAUUCACACUGGAGAGAAACAAGUGAGAUUCAGUCAGUCAGAAACAUUGAAAAACGCACAAGAGUGUCACGUCUGAGGCCGUACUCACACUAGGUAGUUUCCUCGAACCGGGCCAAAGCACGCUUGUCCCCCCUCCUGUCUCCCCCGACGGCCAGCACUCACACCACAAAUGGGCCUCGG